AUGAAGAAAUUACAGAACGAAAAAGAGGAGCAGUUGGAAGUGAGUGCAUGGCUCAGAUUCAUGUGGAGGGAUGAGAAUUUACGAUGGCAGCCUAGUGUCUACGACAACGUAACUGACCUUCGGCAUCCAGCUGGAACGCUUUGGCAACCGGACAUUCUUCUGUACAACAGUGUUGAUCCAGCUUUCGACUCCACAUACAAAGUGAAUUUGCUGAAUUACCACGACGGCUCGGUAAAUUGGGUCCCACCGGGGAUAUUUAAAGUGUCCUGCAAGCUCGACAUUUACUGGUUCCCUAGAGACAAAAUCGAGUUGGCCGUUGGUGACUUUGAUUUCUCCGAAUACAUUCCCAAUGGAGAAUGGAUUAUUCUCAAUUCUACGGCGAAUGUUUCCGUGAAGUACUACGAAUGUUGUCCAGAGGCUUAUGAAGACAUCAAAUUCACGUUGCACCUCCGACGGCGAACUUUGUAUUACGCGUUCAACUUGAUCAUGCCGUGCAUGCUGACCAUGGUGCUGGUGGUGCUCGGAUUCACUCUCAGUCCGGAGACUUGUGAAAAAGUCGGCUUGCAAAUCUCCGUCUCUCUGGCCAUUUGCAUUUUUCUAACCAUAAUGAACGAGAUGACUCCGCACACUUCCGAAGCUGUCCCCCUUCUUGGAGUGUUUUUCCAAAGCUGCAUGGUGAUUUCGGUGCUCGCUACGUCAUUUACUGUAUUCGUACAGAGCUACCAUUUUCGUAGUCAUCACAACACACUUCGAAUGACAUUUUGGAUGCGAUUUGUGUUGCUCGAAUGGGUCCCAUGGAUUUUGCGAAUGGAGUUCCCUGAAAGAGAAAAUACUAUGAAAACGAUAAAAGACAGCUGGUCUAACCGAAAUCGAAGACGAAAAGGCACUAUAACUGCUUUUGACUAUGUUCAGGCUAGUGAUGGCAACCCCAAUAUUGCUGGAUUAGCCGUAAAAGAAAAUCUGGACAACUUUAUUUCUCAGGUGAGUGUGAAAUGCAAGGACGAUACCAAGCUUUUAGAGCGUCUUCGAGUUCUUCAGAAAAUACACGAUCACGUCAAGACAAUCCGAGAGCGAUCAGAUGACGGAGUCGAGGAGAGUCAAGCCGCAUUGGAGUGGCGAUUCGCUGCAAUCGUGGUCGACCGUCUUGGCCUUCUUUCCUUCACCAUUCUGAUCUGCGGCACUACGCUUAUCAUCUGUUUACGAGCACCCUUUUUGGUCGCUUGA